UCAUGUGAUCAGUAAGUAACAAAACAAUCCUAGGAUCCGAUUGAGUUCAAGCUUUCUUCAAUCUUCCUGUCCAAAGGGCUUGCCGGUGUUGUAAAUCUACAAUAAGGCGAACAGAUCAUGGCUCUCAGUUGGCUGGUCCUGGUGAUCUCCAUGCAAGUUUUUAUUGUUCAAGGGAAAGUAUUUGAAAUACCAGAAAGCCAAAAACAUUUGGUUAGAGAAAUAAAUCAAAAACUUUUGAUGGUAACGCAUGAUGAAGAGGCCAAUCCCAGUGUGUAUAUUGGACUUCGUCUUUCUGAAGAGCACAAUCUGGAAAGAGAGAAUGAAUACGUUCAAAAACUAAAGCCAGAGGAUCUUUGCAGCAGCAGCUUAAAUACCAAGGAUGUUGAGCCAAAGACAGGACUAAUCGCUCUUCACUUGAUGGCUCAGAAGGCUUCCUGUGAUAUCACACAUAGAAUCAAGUUAAUCACAUGUCUGAAACAUCAUCUCCUCAAAGAAAAAGAAAGUAUAGUGCUAUAUGGUAAACCAUUAACCACCUAUUAUCAAUACAGCCUUGGUAUUCUGGGAUUGUGUGUCAAUGAUAAGUUAAUCGAUAAACAUUUUAUCAACAAGAUCACCUAUGCUGAAGAAAGGAAUCAGUUUAUCCAUGGAAAAACCAUCUCUAUAGACACUGAAGCAAUGGCUGGUUUAGCACUCCUAUGUUUAAAAAAUUCAAAUAAGUAUCCUCGUGAAGAGGUCGUCUACAUGAAGAAGGCUAUAAAAAGUAUUAAAGACAAAAUUUUGACCUCACAAGGCACUGAUGGGCAAUUAGGAAACAUCUAUAGCACACCUCUUGCUGUACAGUUCCUCUUAGCACUUGGUGGUCAAAGCGGCAGAGAACCUUCUUCCAAAGCAAUAAGAGCCUUACUGGAAGCAGUGGUCCAAGGAAAGUUCUCCAAUCCAAUGAUGAUGUCCCAGUUAUUACCCGUGUUCCACCAGAAGACCUACCUAAAUCUUGCAAUUAUAAAGUGUGACACAUCCACAAAUAAGCCGUUGUCAAUCCCUACCCCUCUUCCUGCACUUCCUGAAGUUGCCAUUGCUGCUAAGCCAAUUAAUGUCCGACUAGUAGUGGAAGGUCAUAAUUUCGAAGAAGUCAUUGAGGUCCCUUCACAAUCAUCACUUCUGGAUGUCCUAAAUGCUGCACAGGAGAAUUACAAUUUUUCAUUUAAAACGAAAAGUUCCCUGCACGGACCUUACCUGACAACUGUCAACAAUGUAGUAGGCCAUUGGCAACUUCUGAAGAAUUCUGAUAUCUCUUUGUCAGAAGGCAUUGCUGACUACAAACCUGCAGACAAAGAGAAGAUCAUCCUGCGUCUUAACGCACAAUAAGAAGCAACAAAGACCACUAGAAUGACCUGUUGUCAUCAGAUAUGAGGGAAACUGGCCUCACUUUUUAGAAUUUUAGAUUUCCUACAGUAUUUGCCAAAUAACUUUGAUAAACAACACAGAUAUGCAUUGGAUCAGCGCUGUAAUCGUUUAAACAGUAUUAAUUCAUGGGCUUGAUUCAAUUAAAACAAGUAUAAUAUGCAGAGCCCUGAAGCUGAAAAAUACAGAUUUCUGAACAAACUAACAGAGGAACAGCAGUGUUACUUACCGAAACCGUUUUGGUCAUUUGCUUUUUAAUAACUAACUUGAUUUACAACCAUAAAAGAUGAUUAGAU